CACGGGAGGAGGAAGAAGACGGUGCCGGAGGAGCAGACGAAGGCCUGGGAGACCACGAAACAGCACGUUGAGAAAGCAGCUUCGUCUGUGCUGGAUGUGUCGCUGGACGUGAUGCAUGAAGUGCUUCGUGUUGGCGUGGACGUGCUCGAGUUUGCCCCCGUCAUGGGGUUACAAGAGGCCGCCAGGACGUUGCUAGGGAUAUGGGACUCUUUGCAAUACGUCGAGUUGAACCGAAUGGCUUGCCUCCGGUUAACCGAGCGCUGUGCCGAUAUCCUGCUAUCUGUAAAGGAUGAAAUCGACUCUGCGGGUGAAGCAGUGGCCAAUGAGUUGCAGGAGCCGAUUGAGAAGCUGGUUGACGCUUUUCGAGGUGUACAUCACUUUCUCGUGAAGCAGAUGCAUCGUCCGUUCCUGAAGAGGUACCUCAAGCGCGAGGAGAUUCAGCGCGAAAUCGCAGCUUGCGACACGGCUCUAGGAGACGCGUUGGAGAUGUUUGGGAUCCGGAUUCAAGUGAGGAUUCUGAAGCAGAUUCAAGCGAAUGAAGCUAGGCGACAAGAGGAAGCGAGGUUGCUGUACGAGGGCGCUGCUGCACGAGUACAGUCGACGGUACAGUCAGAGAGACAGCCCUUAUCGGCGGUCUUUGCGUCAUCCUCCCCUUCACCAGUCGGUCCAGCUACACCUGAAUCACUCUCCCCAGUCGACCCUCUUCUCCUGUCCCCGGAGUCUCACAAUCUUAACGACACCCAGAUCAAGGAGGCCCUUCGCAAGCUACGCGAACGCCAGAAUGAAUUCGACCGGAUCCGAGAUCUGGACGAUCUACGUGCGCUCAUGCGCACCGCGCUCGAGACGAAGAGCGACAUGGAGAUGUGCCAGGUGCUCCAGGUUGCUCGCGACGAGAUGCCCGAGGCGAUCAAAACGCUGCAGCGGGAGCUUGAGCGCGAGGUCGUGCGGGAGAUGCAUGAGAAGGAGGGGCAGCCGGAAGAUGAGGUUAUCCUGGAGGAGGUGCCGGUGGAUGAAGCGAUGGCGGAGUGGAGUGUGGAGGAGAGGGAGAAGACUUUGCCGGAUGUGCCGUUGAGUCGCGACGGAAGUACGAGUACGAAGAGGAGCAUUAGGACCAAAGCUAGUGUGGCUAGUAUUGGAACAAGAGUAGGGAGUCGGAGGGACACGCUUGAUAGGGAAUUCAUCGAAAGCGGGCUGGAGGCCCUCAAGAGGAUGAGCAGAGGCACGCAGGCCAGCCUUCAGCUACCGAAGUGGACAAUCACGAGGUAUGAAGUAGACCGGGAGGAGAAGAUUGGCAUAGGAUACUUCUCAGACGUUUACCGGGGCACAUGGCGCAACCGUGCUGUGGCAAUCAAGUGCCUUGCCGAAACGACGCCUCGUUCUCUCUUCAUGCAUGAGAUAGAGAUAUGGAGGACGCUGGAUCACCCGAACGUUCUUCCCCUUCUUGGGGCGAGUUCCGCCUCUGGCGACCCUCCGUGGUUCUUCGUCAGCCCCUACUGCAAGAAUGGGAGUCUCGUUGAAUAUCUCAAGUUGCAUGGCGAGAGUGUGGAUUUGCUCAAGGCCAUGCACGAGAUCGCGAGAGGUAUGGAAUAUCUCCAUAAGAAGGGCGUUCUGCAUGGAGAUCUGAAGGCUGCCAAUGUGCUGGUAUAUGACGACGAACGAUGUGUUAUCUCCGACUUUGGCCAGAGCGAGAUGAAGAGUGAAGUAGCUCGCAUAAGUGGUACUCCCCCACCUCAUGGCACGUUGCGAUGGCAGUCGCCCGAGCUAAUGGCCGGCGGAAGUCAGCUAACCCAAGAGAUGGACGUAUACGCUUUUGCGAUAUGCUGCAUAGAAAUUUUAGGCCAUGGGCGACUCCCUUGGGCUCUCGCGGAUGACGAUAGUGUCCGUCAUUUUGUCCUUGAGAGGCAUAUGAGGCCAGAAUUUCCCCACUCGAAGUUCACAACGAAAGAUGUCGAGAAGAUGAUACGGGCAUGUUGGGAUCAGGAACCCAGAAGGCGACCUACAUUCACUCAAGUUGCCCUGGAUCUCAGGACUAUAAGAGUCAAGUCGGGGUCAAGAGAUGUGGAUGCGCCCAUGACAGGCUGGAGACUCCCCAGUCUUGAGGAAGAUCAAAGCCCCCAGGUUACACCCGAGGUUCGACCGUCAGAUCUUCCACCCCCCGAAUCAGAACCCGGAUCUUCACUUCCCACCACCGCCUCGUACUUGACUGCGCGGGACGGUUCAUCCGAUUCAUCAGCGCCAGGUCAUCGUAGGUCCCAGACGACGCCUGCGGUGUCCACGUCGACCAUUCAGGCCCAACCUGGCCAUAGUGGACAGACUGCGACUGAGGGAGGUGGUAGCCACUGGAAAGACAGUGUUCGUACCAGCUCUACCCGGAGCAGCAGCUUGUCGGAGAUAGAUUUCGUGCCCGGGACGUUUGACUCUGGCUACGUUUCUCCCAUCCCUGCGGAUGAGAUCGUAGCGGAGACAAGGAAUGAGCGGAGAUACAGGAUGUUGCUGCAGCACGAGUUUAACGCCAACCUUACUUUACCUCUCUGGUCCCCAAGCAAAGUGUCUCUCGGCGAUGUAGGCUAUCUCUCGAAGCCGUCUGGUACUUUUGUCACGCUCUUCAAUGCUCUUGACCCCGUGAAGACGUCCGGCAAUGUACUGAAAGGAAUGUCCGGCUUGAAUGCUUUCGGUUCUGUCAAGAAAGGUAACCAGAAGCAAGAUAAGCGGAGCGUCGCUCAGAAGGGGUGGGACGUCAUACAAGGCUUGCUACCGAAUCGGCGGAACACUGAGGGCUCGCCACAAUCGGUGGCUCGCCGGUACACAUUCCAGCUCCGUGUUGGACACAAAACAGCCUAUCUCUGCACUGAGACCACGGUCUAUCGAUACCUCGAGCCUGACACGAAGCACGCACCGUAUAGGUGGUUUAAGGAGAACAUCGAUCGCAUUCUCGCGACAUACGGAGAACAGCAUGGGUUACAACGAGAAGAUGUUUACCUCGUGAUUGGUACCCUGGAUGCUCCCGAUUACGCACUCUUUGUCAGCCACCAUCAUCCUAACGGAUUGGUCCAUUUCAAUGUCUUCUCCGGGCAGCGUGUGCCGGGGCAGCCAUGGGGCGAAUUCCAGUUGGAUUUCAGCGAUGAUGCACUCGGACCCGGGCCAGCAUACCACGAAGACAUGUCGGAAGGCGCCCAAGCUCGAUGGGCAAGUAAGGUGUCGGAAGGAAGGAGCUCGGGUCCGUGGGAUACCGUUCUGCUGUCGCGAUUGAGGUUUAAACCCGACGCGCCUGAACCCACUGCUCGAUGAGCCGUGGACACGGAAUCAGAAUGACUCCUUUCUUCUUGCACGCAACCAUUUUAUUUAACUCGACAAUUGCAUAACUCCGGACUUGGAUUGCAGAAUACAUGUACAUAUAUAGCAUUUAUCCAGCAUAGCAUUGAUAACGUUGCAGCAAGCACUAUACUGUAGAACUACUUGG